UUCGCUACAUCGAACUAUAUAAACGUGAACUGAAGCCAAAUCCGCAUCAAAUUCAAAAGUGAACCGGUGUUGUGCGCAAACACACGUUUGUUAAUCAAGCGACUGGAAAAACCAUACGCACGUUUAAUUUCUAAUUAGAAAGUCUUGUCGAUCGUUGUUAUUGCUCAAUCAAUGCGUUGGAUUUAAAGCUGAAAGAAGCAUACAGAAGUUAAACAGAAUAACGUUUAUACUUUAUUUGGUCUUAUCAAACACGACUACUUCAACGACCAUAACGAUACUAAGGAGAUGUGGCUACUCUUAUAAUUCUGGCAAUUGGUGAUCAUUCGUGAAUUAUUGCUCUUAAAGUGCAGUGCGCAAAAAUCAAAAGUUAAACCAAAAUUUGUGACGAAUAAAAAAUGAUAAACAUGUUUAAAAAAUUAUCACAUACAUUCACGGCGACAGUGUUUUUAUUGGCAUUUGUCGAAUUCACCGUUCAAACAGAUCUCUUCGAGGGACAUCCAUGUGAAGUACACACCGGCGAAAUGGGCGUUUGUAAAAGUGCCGAAAAUUGUAAAUGGCUCAUCAAUAACUUAUAUUCAGGGAAAAUGAACUAUAGGGACAUUCGUCGUUGUUCAUUUAUGGAUAAUGUUGAAAUUGUUUGUUGUGCCGAUGAGCUCAAGCCAACAACGGAAAAGUCGAAAUCUCCGUGCGACAUGGGGUUUAUUUUCGAUAGUUUCAACUGUGAUUCAACUACAUCACCGAGUCCACCAAUUGCUCCAGACUUACCAAAUAAAUUCAGUGGUACAAAGUCGGCAGCGGCUUGUCAGCGAUAUGCAGCUGAUGCAACACCAUACAGUAAUUGGAAUAUUAUCAAUGGUUUACCUGUUGGACAAGGUGAAUACCCGCACAUGGUAGCUUUGGGAUAUCCGAUCAAGGACUCAAAUGAUUUUGACUUUGAUUGUGGUGGCAGUAUCAUUGGUGAUCAUUGGGUCGUUACCGCCGCGCAUUGCAUUAAGGAGAGAAGAAAACCGACAAUUAUUCGAAUGGGAAAACUCACCUUGCACACUUUUGACGACUAUCUCGACCCGAUCGAUAGAACAAUCAAGCAAAUCAUUCGGCAUCCAGAUUAUUCUUCAAUUCGCAAAAAGAACGACAUUGCAUUAAUUGAAUUUGAGGAGUCGAUUGAGUUUAACGAUCGCGCAAGACCUGCAUGCAUAAGAACCGAUACCGCAGAUGUGCCAGAGAACAGAGAACUGAUCAUCACCGGUUGGGGUUCUAUUGAACCAGAUCGAACGAAUCGAUCGGAAAUUCUGUUGAAAGCAAAUGUCACAACCAUUCCCUUGAAUCAAUGCAAUCAAACACUUGUUAAAUACAAUCGAUUCGGGAACCAGCCAGCUCUACGUGCAUUGAGCUCUUCACAAAUGUGUGCAAUAAAUACGAUAGAUAAUCGAGACGCGUGUCAGGGUGACAGUGGUGGACCAAUAUUUUUAAACGACGCAAAAACCGGAUUAUCAACUAUCGUAGGAAUCGUUUCGUUUGGCGUUAGUUGUGGAACCAAUUUACCGGCAAUUUACACAAGAAUCGCCUCAUACACCGAUUGGAUAGAAAAAAUAGUAUGGCCAUAAUAUGGUCCGAAAUGAAAACGUUUCAACUUAUGUGUGAUAUUGAAUUCAAAUUGACGAUUCAUUAGUUCUUAUUAGAUUAAAAUUUGUAUUUAUCGAUUGUCUUGAUAGAAUUUUACAUGAAUUUUCUAAGCGACACUCUUUGUUUUUCGCACACUCCUAUGUUUGAAGUAAUUUAUUUAUGAAAUAAGUCACAAAAAGAAACGGAAUGCAAAAAACAUGUAACAAAAAAUCCGAAGAAAAAAGUGAAACAAAAAAAAAAUUCUCAAACGAUGAGAAUGCACGUUCGUUAUAAUUUUAUACUACGUAUUAGUUUAUAAAUUAAUAAAAAUCGCAAUAGAUCAAGCAAAACCGUUGUCGUUUAUUGAGUCACAUGUAAAGAUUGAAAAUAGUUCGGCUUUGCGCUUUGAAUUUUAUUAUUUGAAUUAAAUCGACAUAAUAAACCCGAAGAUAACACCAA